AUGUCCCACCUCGUUGUCGGACACCUGUUUGAUCCUACCAAAGAUGUGGUGGUAGUCACGGGGGGUUCUUCAGGUCUAGGGAAAGCAAUUGCAUCCAAGUUUGCUGAGAAAGACACAAAGGUGGUUAUAUUGGAUAUUGAUAUCCCUCUGGAGAGUGCAAGAAUCCCUUCGGCCAAUUACUUCAGGUGUGAUGUGGGUGAUAUUGGUGAUGUUCAGAGCUGCUACAGUCGAGUUGUGGAGUCCGUCGGAGUACCAACUGUUCUCAUUAAUAACGCAGGUAUCACCAGCGGCAAGACGGUCUUAGCGUUGCCCAGUGACGAUAUUGAGAGGAUCAUUAGGGUGAACUUGCUUCUGAGCUUCUUCACGAUCAAGACCUUCCUUCCAGGAAUGCUUCAACAGAAACGUGGGUAUGUCAUUACCGUCGGAUCUGUUCUAGGGUACAUGUCUCCGGCGUAUCUAAGCGCUUACGGAGCGUCUAAGUCUGGCUUGGUGGCGCUUCAUGAGCUGCUCACGUACGAGCUAGGUCCACCCCUGCUCUGUUUAACCGGUGUCAAGACUCUUCUCGUCUGCCCAGGCCAGAUGAGAACUUCAAUGUUCGACGGAGUUGCAACUCCAUGGCGGUGGCUAGCGCCGGAAUUGAAGCCUCUGUAUGUUGCUCGUUCCAUAGUUGAGGCUAUAACCCAUGGGCGCCGGGGUGAAAUCAAGCUCCCGCUUUAUGGUCACUUUUUACCCGUAUUCCGUGCCUUACCCUGGCCUAUCGUCGAAGUAGCAAGGCAUUUUUCUGGAAUUGAUGAAAGCAUGUUAACUUUUCAGCGACUGGAGCCAGAUCAGGUUGGUCCAUGA